AUGGUGAAGCAGGCUCUUUGGGACUACGUGGCCGCCACUGCAGCAGUCCUGGGCUUCUAUGGGCGCUACGUGACGUCUUUUGAUCAGAUCCACCCGGAUGUGAGCCGCGGGAGGAUGCUGCCUCCGACGCAGCACAUAGGCACGCUGCGUUUCGAUGGCGCCCUUGCGCGGCGUUUCGAGCGCGACUAUGCUGAGCUGAAGGAGGUGACGCGCCGAUGCGCUCGACACAGCCUCUCGUACCCAGCGAUCGUGAGCAUGUGCCACGCGGUUCGCUAUCUCACGUGCGUGGCAGCAUUCGUGGCUCCGCGGUACGCGCUGCUGGUCGGCGCACUGCAGUUUGUCGUAGCGCCCCUGUCGCUACCAGUCGCCGCGAUGAAGCUGCUCACGUAUGCGCCGGAGGGUGUGCUACACUAUGCGCUGGCGCUCACGCUCGGCUUCGGUGGCGGUGUCGUGUUGGGACCAGUUGUCACUAUGGAUGGUCGGCUGCUUGCGUGCCUCAUGGCUGUCGAUCAAGUGGCGAAUCUACUCGUGUACCUGUUGUGGUCGGAGCCCUUUGGCCUCUCUCGCUUGAUACGGCAUGCAGUGUACGGGACACUUGAUACGAAGCUCGACUGGUUGGUCGUCUUCGGCUGCCUAUAUGGCUCGCAGCUCGAUAUCGGGCUCACGCUCCUUGUGGGCUUGCUGACGCUGGGAGCUGUGAAUACUGUCCUUCCCGAGGUGAAGGCUUGGCUUCGCGUCCCGUGCCAGCACGUGCUCUUCUACGUGGACCACCGGCUCGGCCAUCUCCCCACGGUGUAUACCCAUGCACACAAGAUGCACCACACGAUGCACGACACGACCCCUUGGAGCGCGCAUGCUUACGGCGAGGGCAUGAACGAGCACUACUUCCUAAUGCUGCUGGACAUCCUUCCUUGUAUGCUGGCCCCCUCGCUCUUCCACGUCCCUUAUUGCUUCAGCCUCCAUCUCCUCUACAUCACCUGGACGGACAAGCCUUCGCACACCCGCCUGAAGCCCGGAACCCCAUACGAGAUUUACGCCAACUUCCACAGCGAUCACCACGUCCUGCAUACCAAGAACAUGGCGCUGAUCCGAGGGGCGCUGCUCGACUUCUACUUUGGGUCGAUGGGGCCCACGACGCACGAGGCUGAGGGGCUGAGCAUGUCGCGCAGAGAGGAGGAUGGGGAGGUCGUGAUCGAAGUAGCGCAAGCCGGCGUGACAAAACUGAUCCAGACCGUCACAGGGUACGCUGUCAAGCUGCACAUGCGUAGUUGCCUAUAA